CGGGAACCAGGUGGCUUGCUCGCGCUUUGACUGCGAGGGUGGAUGCCGCGAGAGCCAGGCACCAGGUGAAAAAAACCGUGCACGCGUUAUGUUUUUCCCCACCCAAACUCUAUAGCAAAAAAACAUCAAGAGAAAAUCAAUUCAAUUGAUUGCAAUGCCUUGUUACCAUAACACGCGCCUCGGAUCCUCUGAAAAAUUACAAAGGGCGAAGGGAAAAUGACUGCCCAUUGAAUUGCAUAUAAAUUACAGCUGUGGGCUAUUUUUUGUUGUAGUUUUAUUUGCCUUUGAAAUGUGACCCCUCUUGUUGUGAGUGCACGUUUUUUUUUUCACCUGGUGCCAGACAUCCAGGCAUCCAGGCACCCCCAUGACAAAAUUAUUGGCACCGCAACAAAAGGUAGGGUGGAGGGACGCGAAGGUUCGAAGGACGCGAAGGUUCGAGGGACGCGAAGGUUCGAGGGUCGAUUUAACAGGGUUGGGAAAGGAUACGCCAGCCGGAUCUCUUGGAGAUUCCAGCCCAACGAAAAACAGUAUUGUGACUGUAAGGACGCUUUUCUGAAUCAAGGAAAUCGCAUACAGAUUGCACGCGUGUUUUACUAGGCGUUGAGAGCUUUUUAGGCAUCGUUUUGAGGCUUUGUUGUGACGUGGUUUGGAUUGAAAAUGGUGGUUUAGUGGGGAAAAAAUCGAAUUGCGGUGCCAAUAAUUUUGUCAUGGGGGUGCCAGGCAUCCGGGCACCCAACCCAAACAUCCAUCGGGACACUUUGCACGUGCUGCUGAUUUUCCAGGCAAAGAAGUCACGGACAGGGAACAGAAUCCAGCGGUGCAUCGAGUCACGAGGCUAUCCUCUGGAGGUCUCAGAAGCUCAUGCUCUUUACUACCUUUGUGCUGAAUCGCCCUCGCUGCAACGAUGGGAUUUGUGCAACCAGCGAGACGAGAUGGCGAGCUGGGGCAGCUCGAAAGGCGCUGUCAAGCACGGCAUUCAGUGCUCAUAAUACAUUCUGUUGAUUCGCUCAGGCGACCCAUCUGCGUCGUUACCCCGGCAGCCUGGUCGCUGAGGCCAGGCUAGGCCAAUCC